CACUACUUGCCAGCCCAGCAGGGGCUGCUGUAGACUGAUGUAUUUAGCCAGGUAGUGAUUACAUUAUUGACAGGCAUGGCUGCAGGCAGGUUGCUUCCACAGGGCAGAGCUUGAAUCCACCUGUUUGCUAUUACUCGAGUUGCUUGGAGAUCAUAAACACCCUGGCCUCGAGAUGUGUGGCUGCAGAGCAAGCAUUCCCAGCACCGAGCAGUACUCGGUCAAUCAGCCAGCUCCUGCUUCCACCAAAAAAAGCCCUUUGUCUGCUGCAGGCAUGCCCAAGUGCAGCAUACCCAUAGCCAAGCAGCUGGCAUCAAUAAAAGCUCUAGGACAAGGCUCAGACCUUGAAAAAGCUUUUGCUACAGUGGCUUUGGUGUAUAACAACAAUGCUGACCCGGAGGGCAAGCUCAGCAGAGCUGAAACCAAGAGCUUGCUGCAAACCCAGUUUUGGCACUUCAUACAGGGCCAAGAAAACAAACCAAAAUACCAGGAGAUAAUUUCUGACUUGGAUGAGGAACCAGAGAACAAAAUUGAUUUUGAAGAUUUCAUGAUGACAUUAGUCAUGCUCACUCUAAUGUCUGACCUCCUGCAGGAGAUCAAAAACGUGAAAACCACAAAAUGAUCUGUGCUUUAAAAGGAGAAAUAGCUUGGCACUUUAUAAGAAAGGCAUGAGUGAAUUACGCAGAAAUAUCAGCGUGUGCCUGGAUACCUCGUGCUGGUCCCUUUUAAAUGGAAUAAAAUCUGGUCCAAACCUG